GAUUUGAAAUUCAGGAAAUUUCCUGACAUUGUGGACCGUCACAUGAUAUUCAGUUGAAUUCAGUCAGCGCUGCUGAAGUGGUAGUGUAUGUUUAACUGAAAAGACCGAAAAUGGAGCUGACAAAGUGUAUCUGCAUCAUAUUUCUCUAUGCACUUGCUGCAAAUGCUAGUGUUUUGAGACCAAAAAGCUCGCAAGUUGACCAAGCUAUUCUCCCAUAUGAAGAGAAGUAUUUCGUACAAUAUAUUGACCACUUCAACUACUUGGGACCCUCUCCUGGCUCAAAUCGUACCUACUCUCAAAGAUUUCUUAUCCAAGGGAAGUAUUGGGUUAACAAAAAAGGACCUGUUUUCUUUUAUACUGGAAAUGAGGGGCCUAUAGAUGGUUUUUGGAAAGCAUCUGGCUUUGUUCAUGAACUUGCUGCAAAAUACCAAGCCCUUAUCAUUUUUGCAGAGCAUCGAUAUUAUGGGUCAUCAUUACCUUUUGGACAAGAUUCAUUCAAAAAAGAAAACAUUGGUUUUCUAAACAUGGAACAAGCCUUGGCAGACUAUGCAGUUUUGCUAAAAUCCCUUUCUUCUCUCUACAAGUUUGAUGGCUCCAAAAUUGUAUCCUUUGGUGGCAGCUAUGGGGGAAUGUUAAGCGGAUAUAUGAGGUAUAAAUACCCUCAUAUUGUUGACAUUGCAGUUGCAAGCAGUGCUCCUUUUUAUACGAUUGCUGGCAACAGACCAAGAUCAGAAUUUUUCCAAGCUGUAACAAAUGUAUGUAGGAAUGCAGAUGAAAAUUGCCCUGGUAAUGUCCAAGCAGCAUUCUCUAUACUACUGGACUUGUUUAAGAAAGAGAAGACAGGGAUCCAAGAGAUCAAAGAUACAUUUAAACUUUGCAGUGCUGAAAAUACUCCUCAGUUUGUGAAGCUUGUGAUUGGAUGGCUUAGGAAUGCUUUUACGUUGAUGGCAAUGGGUGAUUACCCCUACCCAGCCACAUUCCUUGCACCUCUUCCAGCAUUUCCAAUCAACGUUGCUUGCAACUAUAUGGCACAGAAUGCAGACAAGUUAAAAGCACUUGCAGAAGUAGCAUUUCUUCUCUAUGGAAAAGAAAAGGAGUGUCACAAUGUGUACGACGAGUUUGUGGAUUGUGCAGACCCCACUGGCUGUGGCCUUGGAAAUGACGCUAUUGCUUGGGACUAUCAAGCUUGCACUGAGAUGAUUCUUCCCGGUGGAAGCACAAACGUCACAGACAUGUUUCCAGCCAUGCCGUUUACAUUAGAAGAUAGAGAAGCAUACUGUUCCCAAAAAUAUUUGCUUGGUAAAUCAAGACUGAGUUGGGUCUCAACAAACUUUUGGGGAACAGCUGAUGACAUUAAACACGCAUCAAAGAUUAUCUUCCCUAAUGGAGAUUUGGAUCCAUGGAUGCCCGGUGGUGUUCUGGAAGACCUGUCUCCAGAUUUACGAGCCGUGCUUGUCAAAGGAGGAGCACAUCAUUUGGAUUUAAGAGGCAGUAAUCCAGCCGACCCGGAAACUGUUAAACUAGCAAGAAAGCAAAUUGAAUCCUACAUAAAUCAAUGGCUUUAAAAGCUGCUUCUAGAUCAAUACUUAGAGUUUUCCAAUUUUUCCUACUGUUGCAUUGAAAUUAAACUGGUGUCAGCCACUGACAUGUCAAUCAACAUAAUUAACAUCAUAAUUAUUUAGCUGCUA